UGUUACGCCCCAUUCUAGGGGCCUAGGACGCAACAAGAAAAACCCCCACCUUCCAAGUAGCCACGAGCACACAUUAUUCAGUUUUAACCGCAAACAGGAUUUAUUCACACAAUAUUAUCAACGUAAGUAACCCAGGAAUGGCACAUUCCUAUUUACAUAGGAGAUUGACAAGAAACACAAAGCCACACACACAAACGCAACAGAAUGCAAAGCUACGACCACAGUCGUAGCAGUGGGUUAUACAGGAGAUCACUUACCAGAUCGCUCCCCUACUCCUGACAUUAAUUUUUCCUUUGUUACUUUGAGUAAGGUAGGUCUUCAUGGGAUUUGUUAAAACAAUGCCAAAUGUAAUUAUUCCACGACCCUAAUCUUUUAAAAUAAUGUUUUAAACCUAAAAAGGCACUGUUUUCCUAUUCAAUUAGUAAUGUCACUAAUACAAUCUUUUGGAAUUUCUUUCAAAGAUUGCGGCAAGGUUUGGAGUGCUUGGGGGUGCUGCAGGCGGCAGUAGGGAGCACUGCUUUGAGAAGGCUGUUUUCAGGUGCACCCCCUGCCCCACUGACAGCAGAGCAGGUGAUGAAUAUGUUUGCCAUCAACUACUCUGUUCGAGGGAGCUCACGCCGGUCAGAGGAGGAGCGGGCAGUUGGCUACUGGAGGGACUGGCUGAUCGAUGUGGAAGGUGGAGAUGCUGUUUUGGUGGUGGAGGACACGGAGGACAGAGUGACGCUGAACCAGCUCCUCAUGUUCGUCACUGGGGCAGACAGAGUUCCUCCCCUGGGAUUCCCAGGAGAGCCAACUAUAAACUUUUUGCACACUGUCACGGUCUUCCCGGAAGCAAACACCUGUGCUAUGAUUCUAAAGUUGCCAAAACACAACACAUUUGAAUCAUUCUCUGAUUCAAUGAUAUCAGGAAUCAUCCAGUCCCCCUGUUUUGGUUAUGCCUAAUUUUUUGCUGGUAUUUAAACUUUUUUUUUUGCAUGUUUUGCAUCUUUAAAUAUGUUUUUUUGCAUGUUCUGCAUCUUUAAAUAAACAAUGUUCCAGUUCCACGUUGUUAUGCUUUGCCAGACCCUUAUUGGAUGACUACAAUCAAAGCUUUUUUUUGGCUGUC